GUCUAAUUUUUUUUAUUCUCAUUGGUUGACGACAAGUUUUAAAUGUGGUGAUUAUUUGUCUGUAAAAGCACACCUAACUUCUCAAAUAGGUCAGAAAUAGUUGACCACGGCUGUUGAAUUAUUCAAAAAUAGUGCACACCCUAUGUGGUAAUGUGGCACGAAGUGGAGUUAAACUGUCGUGUGCAUUAUUUUCAAAUAAUUCAAUGGCCCGUUUUCAAUUAUUCCUCUUAUACCACAGUUACCUCGGACAUUACUCUGGUGGUUUGUUUAAGAGGUCAGGUGUGUGUUUAAAAAAAAAGCCCGUGAAACAUUUGUCAACCAAUCAGAAUAAAGCAUUCAACAGGAGGACCAUGGUAUAACUUAAAAAAAAAACACCAGAGCAAAGUCUGGGGUAACCAUAGUAUAAGAGGAGUAACUGACAUUUAAUGUUAACCAAAUCUUGAGUUAUGUUUUAGUGACUGAGAGUGAAUGAUGCUGGAGGUGACACAAUGUACUGUGCUGUUCAUAGAUUAAUGCACUUUUGUGCUUGUUAAAGUAAACCAAUGAGUGCACAAAGCCUUACGGCGCAUUCACACGGGGGUCCCAUUCACUUUCAAUGGGUGACGUCAAGCGUUGGCGAACUGAAUUGUGGAUCUGUCGGCGUCGCGGCAGAAGUGGAAAGGCGAGCGUCAGCCAAUUAGAUUGCCUUAUGCAAAUAACCUAGGCAGAGCAAGCCAAUUACGUUUAUGGAAGAUCGGAGCAUGUGCUGCGGCCACUGUGAUUGGCUGUUGGCCACGCUUCAGACAAGCCUUCCGUCAAGCGUUAACGCUUUUGCCCCGUGUGAAUGCGCCGUUAAAGUUAACGUGUGUGUUUACUAGUAGAUGCUAAUGCUCAGUCAUUCAGAUGUUUACUUUUUGUAUUAGCUACUUGCUAUUUUAUAACUUGUUUAAAUGGUAUUGUUGAUCACACACAAGCACACCUCACUCACUCGCACAAAGUUUCUGACGUCAGAGGUUUGAGGAUCGGAGGUUUUGAGUGUGUGUUGCUUAGCAAUGCUCUUCAGGCUGAUAGAUUGAUCUGUCACAUAACAUCCAAGUGUGUGUGUGUGAGAGAGAGAGAGGUGUGUGUGUGUGUGUGAUGUAUGUCCAGGGGUCAGAGGUCAAGCUGGCAUUCUGUGGUGUUUUCUCCGUGUUGUGCCAUCACAUAGGAAGUUGGCAGAGGCUUCAGCAGAGCUCCGAUCUUUGAGUCAGAGAGAGAUGCAUCAUUGAGCCGUUCUUCGUUUUAUUUCUCCAUCCGUUAUUCUGUUCAUCUGCUGUUGGAGUCGUUCAUUUACUUCAGCACUGAGCCGUAUGUGUUCAGAUCCUCUGCCGCAGUUUUUAAAGUGGUCUGUAUUUCAUUAGAGUAGUUAGUUAGCAAUUGGUUAGUAAUGAAAUUUGUAAUGAAAGGAAAUAUUGUAAGAAGACCUAAAAUGCAGCACAGGGGUUCAAAUCAUGACUUGACUUUAGUUUUAGUUGAUUGAUUGAUGUUUCUGUAAGAUCUGGUGGUUAGAUGAAGCCGUCUGCCAGAGGUUGAAAGGCCGGUGACCUGUGGUCAUUGCUAAGGAAACUCUCAUCUGACGUGGAACUAUUGUGUCUGCGCUCUCACAGGAGGAAAUAGUUCCCGAGCGCUGCCUGUUUCCAGGGGAAUGUUUUAUAGGGGGCGGAUCCAUGAAGGGUCAGAGGUCAUAUCAGUCUGUUAAUGAGAAGAAUGAGGAGCUGUAAAGAGUCGACGAUUAAAUGUGCCACAACGGACAAAAAUGCGAAAGUGUUUGUGACGUAGACACCUGGUUAACGUUUCUUUAGAUAUCAUCUGUCUGUCUCACACUUGGGCAUCAGAGAAAUGCAAAUGAAGACAGCGUAGUAUGGAUGCAGUAAUGAGACAUGACGUCCAUUUAAGUGACCGAGGGUUGGCCGUCUCUCCGGGCAACAUUCUGCUAUGUGUGACAUCACAGUGAUGUGCUUUAUAAUGCCCGCUGUGGCACCUGCCCCGGCAGAGACCAGUCCUGAAGUCAUACGGGACAGAACUGAGCCGCAACAUCACAACAACGUCUUUCAAACCGUUGGACGAUAUUUAUUUUCUGAUCUGAGGUGAUUUCGAUAAUUUUUGAGUUUCUCUCAAACAAGGAUGGGUUUUUCAUCUCCUCUAAACUUCAGCUCCUCUCUUCAUCUUGCUCUCCUCUUGUUCCUCAUUAUCACCGUGGUGACGCAGGUGGAGGGUCGGCCAUCACGACAGCGAUCGGAUGCUCAGGUGUUGCAGGAUUUGUUUGGGGCAAAGAUCAGCUCGCUUGUAUUUGCACCCUCAGAGGUCAGCGAGGGCUCAGGAAACGUGGCCCCUCCUCUUUUAAAGAACUGGGCGGAGUCUCCCCGCAUGGCCUCACGUGCAUUCCUGGAUUACCUGCGGCGUCAGAGGAAGAUGCGGGGGCGCAGCAGGAAGGGUGUGGGUCGUGGCUGUUUCGGGAUGAAAGUGGACCGAAUCGGAGUGAUCAGCGGUCUGGGCUGUUGACAAGUACAGGUGAGCACAGUGAUGAUGAUGAUGAUGAGACCUUCAUCCGCUCAGAGGAGAACGUACAGAUGUUUCUGCUCUACAGCCGACAACACAAUCAUUGGUGUUAUAUUGGUGUUGGAUCGCUAGGAUUAUUUUCAGUCCAAAUAGGCAACAACAACACGCCAACUCUACACAGUCCAGAGACUGAUCUGAUAUCUGUGUCUUUUUGACAUUCUGAGGUUUUUCUCAGUGUGUGUGUGUGUGUGUGUGUGUGUGUGUGUGUGUGUGUGUGUGUGUGUGUUUGAAAACCCCUGGCUCAUUGUCCAGUCAGUCUUAUUUGCCAUGUUUGACUCGACAGAACUUCUGUCCAGACAUUUUACGAUUGGGAGCCUGUUUCUCAAGGUCAAUUUGUUGUUUGUCUCUUGUCCAUAAAUGUUUUUUAACAUGUCAAUUGGAGUUGUGUGUUAUUUUCAUAAGUCUUAUGGUUGAAAUUCAACUACAUGUAUCAUUUGUUUGUCUGUUACUGAACAACAAAAAAGGUCAUAAUAAAUCACACAGAUGAUGACUAAGUCAUUAUAUUCACAA